AUGUCGCAGCUAAGUACGAAUACGGGUGACUCCAGCCCUCCGGAGUCCCCUAUGCCUGCAGUCCAUAGCCGCCCUACUGUUCUGAUGCGGGCUCCGCCUGCUUCCUCCCGGGCUCCUCCAGUCCCUUGGGAUCCACCUCCCGUGGACUUGCAGGCUCCCCUGACUGCUUGGCAGGCUCCUCAGCCUUCCUGGGAGGCUCCAGAGGGCCAGCUGCCUGCCCCAGUGCCUCAGCUGGCCCAACCUCCUGCCCUAGGGGCCCCAAUGGUCCAGGCUCCGCAGCUGGGGGGGGCGAUGGCCAAGCCUCCAACUCCUGGAGUCUUGAUGGUCCAUCCGCCUCCUCCCGGAGCCCCAGUGGCCCAGCCAUCAACUCCGGGAGUCAUGAUGCUUCAUCCUUCUGUCCCGGGGGCCCCUUUGGCUCACCCUCCUCCCCAAGGAACCCCAAUGACACACCCUCCUCCUCCUGGGACCCCGAUGGCACACCCUCUUCCUGGGACCCCGAUGGCACACCCUCCUCCUCCUCCUCCUCCACCUCCUCCUCCUCCUCCUCCUCCUCCUGGGACCCCGAUGGCCCACCCUCCUCCUCCUCCUCCUGGGACCCCUAUGGCCCAUCCUCUUCCACCUGUGAACCCGAUGGUGCACCCUCUCUCUCCUGGAACCCCGAUGGUUCAUCCUCCCCAACCUGGAACUUCAUUGCCAUUGCCGCACGCUCCUAUUCCGGGGGCGCCAAUGGCCCAGCAACCAACUCCAGGAGUCCUGAUGGCCCAGCAGCUGACACCGGGAGUCCUGAUGGUCCAGCCUCCUGCUCAAGGAGCCCCGAUGAUCCAGCAUCCACCGGCCGCCUUGAUGUCCCAGCAUCCAGCUUCGAUAACUCCGAUGGGCAAGCAUCCAGGUCCUGGUGUCAUGAUGAUCCAUCCUCCAGGUGCCAGAGCUCCAAUCAUUCAGCCUCCAGUGUCAGGAGCACCAAUGGCACAGCCAGUGCUGCCCCCAGCGCAGCCUCUGGUUUCAUGGUCCCCGCAGGGUCAGCCUUUGAUCCUGCAAAUCCAGUCCCAAGUCAUAAGAACUCCUCAACAGGUUCCCACUGUCCCAUCAACACCACAGGUGCAGCUGGCCACAACCCCAGGCUGGCAAGUCACCACACCAAACUGGCAGGUGACCCCCCAGGGGUGGCAGGGGACGCCCUUGAACUGGCAAGCCGCACAGCUCGCAUGGCAGGCCCCCACAAUAGCCUGGCAGCCCCCCCCUAUGCGCCAAGGGCACUCAUCUCUUCGUUCUGGCCACACACCCAUUCGACCUGGACCACCUCCAAUACUCCGCCAGAUACAACCUGUGAUCCGUCAGACCCCAGCCUUGCUUCGGCAUAUCCCACCACUGAUUCGCCAGACCCCUGCAGCUCUCAGACAAGCUUCACAUGCCAUAAGCCAGCAUCCGCUGUGGCAAGUCCUGCCAUCCCAACCUUCCCUGCGUCAGGCUCAACAGGCUCGUCUGCUGAUCCCCAGGACACCGGGGACACACCACUUGCCUGCAGCACCACAAAUUACUCAGAUACACUUGGUGCCACAGGCAGGGCCACUGUCUAUCCCAAUUCCUUUGCCCCAGGCUGCCCCUCAGUCUGCUCCCCGAGCUGUGCAUUGCCCAUCAAUCAUCUGGCAUGCCCCCAAAAGCCAGCCCCAGGUGCCAGAGGAGCUCCCUGGUCCAGAGGAGCUCCCUGUUCCAGAGGAGCUCCCGGUGCCAGAGGAGCUCCCGGUGCCACAGGAGGUCCCGGUGCCAGAGGAGGUGCCGGUGCCAGAGGAGGUCCCGGUGCCAGAGGAGGUCCCGGUGCCAGAGGAGGUCCCGGUGCCAGAGGAGGUCCCGGUGCCAGAGGAGGUCCCGGUGCCAGAGGAGGUCCCGGUGCCAGAGGAGGUCCCGGUGCCAGAGGAGGUCCCGGUGCCAGAGGAGGUCCUGUCUCCAGAGGAGGCCCCGGCGCCAGAGGAGGCCCCGGCGCCAGAGGAGGCCCCGGCGCCAGAGGAGGCCCCGGGGCCACAGCAGCUCCAGGUGCCACAGGAAGCUCGAGGUGCCAGGCAAGCUCACAGGGCAACCCAGCAGGCCCAGCCCACAGGCCUGCAGGCAGAACUGCCUUCUUGGCAAGGCCCACCCCAGGUCUUGCAGGCCCAGCCAGGAGCAUCCAGAGCACCAACAAAUUUUCCCAGGGGCCCCACUAGAUCUCACAUGACUCCUCCCUCAGGAGAACCUGGCCCCUCUUCUCUAGAGCCUCGGGGCCCUCCUAGAGAUCGUAGGACCUCUGGAAGAGGCAGAAAGGGCCCUCCAAAAGAGCGCAUGAUCAUUGGUGCCACCUUCAGUGCUCCAAGGGGAGCAUCAGCUUCCAGGGCAUACCUGCCAGCUGCCUGGGCAAAUGUGUCUGGCCCAUCAGAGACCUUAACUGCCACCUCGGGGGUCUUUCCAUCUACCUCUCAUUUUCAGCCUGCCUCUUCUAAUGCCUUUAGAGGUCCAUCUGCCACCUCAGAGAGCCCAAAGUCACUGCCAUUGCCUCUGCAGGAUCCUUAUGCCUGUGUAGAGGCCCUUCCUGCAGUUCCCUGGGUUCCAUAUGCCGAUGCGAAUGCUUCAUCAGCAUGUAAUGCUGUACCCACCAUCCUGAUGGUGACAGCAACUGCCCCCCAGGCAAGUGCCCCUGGCGCAGAGGCCUCCAAGACUGCAGAGCCACCACGGCGCUCUGGCAAGGCCACCCGGAAGAAGAAGCAUCUGGAACCCAAAGAGGAGGAUUGUGGCCAUAGCAUGGCCUCGCGUGACUGUGACUGGCGAGGCCCCAGACCCUGUGAGAAUCCCAGGCAGAGUGACUGGGAGGUCCAAAGGGCUAUGCAGCUUCUGGGGGACCAGGAAUCCCUCUACACUCCACAGGGUCGUAAUGACUGGGCAUGCCCCAAUAAUUCUAGGGUUCCAAGGGGCUUCGAUGGCCCCAGCACUUCACAGGACCAGAGGUUCUGUGGUGCCUCAGGGGGGUCUCAGUCAUGGAUGGUCUCUGAGCUCCCAAGCAUCUCCUGGGGACCCAGUGCUGCUCUGGAGGACCCUAACGGGGAGAGUCAGCCAUUGUCUCCCUUAGAUGAAAGAGCAAAUGCUUUGGUGCAGUUUCUCUUGGUCAAGGACCAAGCCAAGGUGCCAGUCCAGCUCUCAGAGAUGGUAAAUGCCGUCAUUCGAGAAUAUAGAGAUGAGAGCUUAGACAUCAUCAGCCGCGCCAAUGCUAAACUAGAGCGCGACUUUGGGUGCCAGCUGAAGGAAAUUGACACCAGAACCCACACUUACGUCAUCGUCCAGAAGACGGACCCCCCUGAGUACAAUGAGCUGACAACCCAUUUAGACAGGCCAAAGUUCAACCUCCUAAUGGUGGUUCUGAGCCUCAUCUUUAUGAAAGGCUACUCUAUCAGAGAGAAUCUGCUCUUUAGCUUUCUGUACCAGUUAGGACUGGAUGUCCACGAGACAAGUAGCCUUUUCAGAAACACGAAGAAGCUCAUCACCAGAGUGUUUGUGAGACACAGGUACCUAGAGUACAGGCAAAUACCAUUCACUGAGCCGGCAGAAUACGAGCUUCUCUGGGGGCCCCGGGCAUUCCUCGAGACCAACCGAAUGCAUAUCUUGAGGUUUUUGUCCGAACUCUAUGAUAACCAGGCCCAGACCUGGACAUGCCAGUACCUUGAGUCGUUGUCAGAGUUGGAAUACAGGGACAUAAACGAGGAGACCACUGACAGCGAUGAUGAUUCCUAUGGCCCCACCAGCAAUCCCCAUCCUCAUUAA